UAUGAGGUGGUUACAUAACUGUCGGCAUUUAGCAACUGAAGCCGCCGGGUGUUGUCCCCGACACUACUCACUGCGUACAAGAAUAGCUAACGCGGGUCUAACAGCAGGCUAGACGGUUUAGCUGGCUAGAUAGCAAGGUGAUUGGAAAGUUGGCGAAGUAAAUAUUUACUUCGCUAGCGACAAGCAGAUCAGUUACCCAUCUGAGAAUUUAUCCUGCUUACUCUUAUCAGCUAACUAACAUAUGGUGCUAUUAGCAAUGAUGUCGCCAACUACAGUCAAUAGGUAGCUUUUGAGCCAACAGUACUAGAUCGCUAGCCGAUUAAACUUUACCGGAUACAUUGGAACUCUGACGUUACGUUCAAUUAUUUAAAUCAAACGAGUCUCAAAACAACCAGCGUUGGAAUUAGACGAGGAGUUUUAAGGAGCGCUGUUGUGUUGGCUGUGUUUCAUCAGUUACAGUACGACCAUAAUAAGGCAGCCGAAAAUGCCCGGUCUACAGGGCGAUGGCGUCGGUACGGCUCUUGGAAGCCCUAUCAAGAAAAGCAAACUCUCACUGAAGUUUUUCCAGAAGAAGGAGACGAAGCGAGCCUUGGAUUUCUCAGAAUCACAAGUUGAGGAACUAAAACCUGUUUCAGUCGAACCUGAGGAGCCUGCAAGCUGUUACCAGGUGGUGCCAAUCCCACUGCCUGGACCUGCCCCCUGUCCAACAUCUCCCAUCCUCCCUAGUGAGGAGAGAGAGACCCUGGUGCCCUUUGUUGGCCUCAAUAACCUAGGAAACACCUGUUAUCUAAACAGUGUUCUCCAGGUAUUGUACCAUUGCCCUGGUCUCAGAGAUGGUGUCAAAAAGCUCUACCGUUCAUCCAAAACCAGGGACAAGCAGAAGGAAAGGGCUGCUGAAUGUGACAAGCAGUCAGAGGGGCCAGAAGAGGCGCUGCCAGUGCACAUGGAGCUGCUGAGCAGUUUCCACUGUCUGAUGACCUCUGUAGAGCAGCUCCAGUCCAGCUACUUGCUAAACCCGGACGAGUACACUGACAGGGAGUUGGCCACAGCUCCUCGCAAACUACUCAACACUCUCAGACACCUGAACCCAAUGUACGAGGGCUACCUACAACAUGAUGCCCAGGAAGUGCUCCAAUGCAUCCUUGGUUACAUUCAGGAAGCCUCCGAGACCAUCAGGAAGGGACAGGAGGCAGCAGGCCAGGUUGAUCAAGUCGAAGUAAGGCCAGACAGUGCAACCCCUGUUUGUGCUUAUGGAGCUGCAAUGGAGGAACAGGCCAAAACCUCAGAAACCUCACUGAAUGAUGACGGGCAAACGAGUGGUAAGAGGAAGAGCGACACAGAGGCAGGCAACGCUAAGAAGAAGCCCAAAGCGCUCAAGUCCAAGAAGGCACCAUCAGCAACUGAAGAUGGAAAGCCCUUCACCCGAUCGAAGAGGAAGUCCUCCAGUGGCAUCGCUGUAGCACCAAAAGAUGAAAGUGAAGAAGAGGUGAAGAAGGACCAAGAAGAGGAAGGAGAUGAGGAAAGUCAACUGGAAGUGGCCCCAAAAGAGGUGAAGGGGAAGAGGAGGACCAGGCUAAGCUGGCUGCGGCCCUCCAGGAAGCAGCCCAGUAUCUUCUCCAAGUUCAUGAGCAUGGGACGGAUCAGCUGUCACACAGGAGGGAAGAUCGAGACAGCAAAAUCUGACCAGGAGGAGACGGAAAGAUGCCAGCCUGAGGAGAAUGCCAGGGAAAACAGGAAGAACCCUAAAGGGAAGGAAACCUGCGAAGAGGCUCAAAGUGAGGACUGCCUGGGUGUAGACCUGAUUGAACGCCUGUUUCAGGGCCGUCUGGUGCUGAGGACACGCUGCCUUGAAUGUGAGUGUUUCACUGAAAGGAGAGAAGACUUCCAGGACAUCAGUGUCCCAGUCCAGGAGGAUGAACCCUGCAGCCCGGACAGCAGCUCAGGAGUCUCCCCUGACCCCAAGCCGGAGCUGAAGUCUCUAAAGUGGGCCAUCUCCCAGUUUGCAUCAGUGGAAAGGAUUGUAGGGGAGGACAAGUACUUCUGUGAGACCUGCCACCACUACACCGAGGCUGAGCGGAGUCUUCUGUUUGAUAAAACACCUGAGGUGGUCACUAUCCACCUCAAGUGCUUUUCUGCCAAUGGUUUAGAGAUGGACCCGUACGCUGGCCUCUCCAAGGUGAACACCCCCCUACAGACGCCCCUGAAUCUCUCACUGGAGGAGUGGUGCACACACCCAUCAGCCUCCAGAGGGCAGCACUACCAGCUGUUUGCUGUGGUCAUGCACAGCGGCGUCACCAUCUCCAGUGGACACUACACCACCUACAUCAAGAUGAUGGACCUUAAGGACACCCAGGUCCUAUCGCCAGUGGAGGAAGAGGGGGUCGAGAAGCAGGCAGGAGAUGAGCGUGACGAGAAGGCGCACAGCCCACCGCCAAAGGAACCGGUGUUGGACUAUGACGACGGCGAAGUGUCAUUCAGCCUCAGCGCUAAAGGUAAUGCUCAUGCCACUACCUCCACCGUCGCCAGCAAGAUGGGGGCCAAGAAGGUCUCUGAGGGGGUAGGACUCCUGGGUGGGCAGAGGAGCCUUUCCAGCUAUGACCUGGGGACCAACAAGCAGACCGCUAACCCAGACAAGGCUGCCGCUACUGCGAGAGCUGAGAGCACCACCAACAGAUCAUCCAAACGGACCUCCAGUGACCCGGGACACAGCGGUAGCGGAGAAGUGGCUACAGAUGUCGAGGUGGGGGCGUCGGAGCGCGCACUAAGCAGCCUGCUGCAGUACGAGGGGAAGUGGAUGCUGUUUGACGACUCGGAGGUGCGUCUGUUUGAGGAGGAGGACUUCCUGAGAGCCUGUUCUCCCGAAACGUGCUCUACUUGUACUCCAUACCUCUUAUUCUACAGGAGGGUCUCAAACCACUGACAGCGCAUUAGAUGUUGGUGGAUUAUCAUUAUUAAAGGUGUCUCAUUGAUUCCUCACAGCUUAGAGAAAAGCAAGCGGAGGUUUUGAGAGCAAUAUGAAAUGUGGCCUGGUUGAUAUGCCGAGUUAUAUUCUUUCACCAAUGAUUAAAACCAUGUUUAUAGUCCUUUUAAUUUUUCCUUAACUUUUAAUUGGUUCCAUUGUGCUUGCUGUAUGAAAUAAGUUCACAGACAUGCACCUUGGCGCCCUGCCUUUUCUGUUGUAAAUGGUCUAAAUGUUUCUCCCUGCUACUGGUUCGUUGGUUUCAGAUUUAUUUUUUUAUAUAGAGCAUAUAUUCUUGUACAUCUCUUUUCAUGGCUUCAUUCCUCCUGUAUGCAGGAGAGAUGUCUUGAUCAGUGUAAAUACUGUUGGACUGUCAGAAAUAAGCAGACUUUUUGUCCAUAAGUUAAAUAGAUCCAUAAGCUGUCCAUCUCCGUCUACUACUUAGUGGAAGAACUCCUACAUGUGGAGAAGAAAUACAUUUAGUUUUAGUCUUUUGUACAUAUGAUUUUAAACUUUGAGCCAAUCACUUUAGAAAAUGCUAGUACAUUGUGUUGCUGGUUGUUUCAGGUUUGGUUUGUGUAGGGGUUGAUUUCAGACACCGAUUAAGCCUGGUCAAUGGAAAGUCUAAAACCUCUAAAUUGUUCUUUUUCUAGUCCAUGACUAGGUUUAAUGAGCUUGCCAAUCCUUCCCUUAAUGUUUUGGCAUCAGGGAUCAGUGUCAGUCUUUGCUCUUUUGUUUUCUGAAUUUGUUCAGUUGUGUGGAACUGCAGAACCUCAUUCUAGAAAAACAAGAUACGGUUCUGGCCAUUCUGACUUGACAGAUCUAGGAAGACUUACUGUAAGCAAUAACGUUUUCUUUCAUGAUUAUUUCUAUGAAUUUUUCCCCUGCUCUCAUUCUAAAGAUUUAAAAUAAAUGAUGGGGUUUGAAAACUGGAGUUA